UCUUCAAAAUUCGUCGCAGAAUUAUUAUGACUAGAGCCACCUGUCAGAAGUUGACAAUACGCAAGAUAUACAAUAGUGAAGUCGGUUCCGUAUAAUAAUUAGCCAUGGGUCAGGAACACUUACCUUCUGUUGACUUAGAUUUUGUCAAGCACGCUGAAGAUGAGUAUCACAGCAUCUACCAAACCGGAACCAGCGAUGAGGUGGACGGAGCACGGUUCAGGUUGGUAUGGGCACUAGUUCACAGCACCAAUCGCAGCCAUCAAUCUCGCGGUCUGGAGCUCUGCCGGGCUAAGCUGAGAGAGCAGGCGAAGGACAAGGAAUUCCGCUACUUCGCAGCUGUGGCGUCCUACAACCUGGGCCAGUACAUUGAAGCGCGGCGGGAGCUCUCCUCGCUGCUGCAGGAGCACCCGGGCUUCCGCCAGGCGGAGUUCCUCCGGGGCCUGGUUGAGGACGCCAUCGUACGGGAGGGGCUGCUGGGGCUAAAGCUAAAGUUGUGUUGGGGCAGGCGCCCUGGGGACACUGCCCCCCUACCCUUACACGUGAUAUCCUACCUGGACUUCACUCGAGUGCUGCGGCAGCCCCCAAUAACUAGCAACCUCGAGUUUGAACCGGAUCAGUGGGGGGACUCUGUUCAGGAGCUGUUGCCAGGCGACCUGGUUCGACCUCUUGGCGGAGGAGGGCAGUGGCCUCCUGUCGCGAGCUGUAACUCCGAGCGGAUCUCCUGCUGA